AUGGACACGUUCACACCGUUAUUCAGCUUCACCUGCUUCUAUGGCGCAUUUAGCAUCUUACUGUAUAUUCUAACGUUCGUGUUAAUUUGCAAAGAUUCCAAGACAUUUCCUGGAAGCUUCUUCACACUAUAUAAGGCGAAUUUUUUCUAUAAUAUUCUCACAUUUGCCAAUUCUUUUAUUACUGUCCGAAUACCAAAUGCCACGUGUAAAACUUGCAAACUCGCAAGUUUCUUCGAAGAUCAGAUAUCUGGAAGAAACGAAUUUCCACUUCGGAUAUUUUCGUGCAUUCAUUACAGUAUGGCCUAUGUUCAAUACUCGAUGAUAUUCCUAGUUUCUGCCAACCGAUUCACCCAGUUCUUUUAUUACAAUCAUAAUGAUUUACUCGCCAUGUUGGACGACUCGAAAGUCAAAAACGAAUUGUUCGAAAAACUGCCCAAUUCGGCGUUUAUACUUGGAUUUACUGGAUUUCAAUUGUCAUGCUACGCUUUGUAUGUCGCCACCGUCGCAUUCCUCUUCAAAAAUUCGCAACGAUUUUUGGGUAUCCAGUUUUAUCUAUACAAAUGGAACUUCUUAUUCAUUAGAGAAAAGAUUGUCUACCGAAAGGAAUACGAAGAUGUGUUUGUGAGUAUCAUCGACUCUCCAAUUGCACUACGAUCUAUUAAAACUGCUAUAGUCGAGAAUGGACGAAUUUAG